UUCUGCAAGAUGCCGCCACACCUUGUGCAAGGUGAAGUAGAGCAAUCCUACGAAAUGCAGUGCGCGCAGUGGAUGGAACAGUUGAACCCACCAAGAUCGCUUCCAGCAGUAAUAUCCGUGUGUCAGGAUAUUUUCAUUUCCCAUCGUUGCCGCAAACCAGCACCUGCCGCGGCGGCCGGUAUAACCGUGCAAAAGGGAAGAACACAGCUGCUGCAGUACGGAAAAAACAGCGCAGGCAAUCUUCCCAGCAGUAGCAAUCAAAAGCUUAUCGAACUACUCGCCAGUCUUUUCGCGGAUGAACGAAUACCAUACCCGACGCAGAAGAUUAUUUGCAAGUCAUACUUUCGUUUAUGCUACUACAACAAUUUACGUCAUGCAAUGGUACCGUUCAAUGAGGCAACAGCCUUUGACGGUAAAACUGCCGCCGAGAGGAGCAUUAUCAUCUGGGGUAUGUUAGGCUCAGACUUUACUUCAUUGUUCGAGAACAACUCUAAGUUAUGUCGUCGACUACCGGAACGCAAUCUGGAGCUGUUGGUUUCUAGUGCCGGUUACACGCGCUGGUACAACACGGUUGUAGAAAACAUACUUAACUUCGACAGAUUAAACUUUUCCGUGGCAAAUUGUCAUCACAGCCCUGACCAGGUUUGGCACGCAGUGUUGGCGAAUCUUGAAUCUCCGUACUACGGAACACGCGAACACAUGUUCGCGCUGCUCAAACAUCUGUUGAAGGUGAGGGCUUUCGCCUUGUCCAAUGUUCUGCCGCUGGUGGGUCGAUGGUCUUGGUUGAACCGUAACAAGUUUCACCUACUGGUACUGCUGCUAGGACAAUUCUCGUUGGAGGCUCUACUACCACAGCUCAGUGUGGCAAUGUCGGAACUUGCCGACGUGCUUAAAUUGUCUCUUAACUACAAGCACCUAAUGCGCGGAGGACAGACGCUCGUCCGUACACUGCUUCGCGAAGACCGACCCUUCGUUUACAAUGUGAUCGUCGAGUUGUGGCGCACUGCAAAUAUUGACCUAUGCCGCAACAUGGUCAAACAUUGGGGCGGCUGCCUCUUACCAACGGAUUUGGCGAAAAUCUAUCUGCAGAUGGAACUAGAUCGUCUAGAACUGAAUAGCAAUGACUCCGACGAAGCACUGAAUAGUUUGCCCGAUUUUCUACAAUCUGCAUACGAGAAGCUCUACCUUGUAGCCAAAGUAUUUCGGCGACAAUUUGAAACGCACUCGAACCUCCACGGCUUACUUGUUCUGCUGUGUAAAUUGAUCGAGCAGGCCAAACCAUCAUCUUUGUCGUAUGGACUACUGUUUGAAACGCUCGCCCAUCAUAUUAGUGUUGGGUGGGGAAAGCCACAGCACGUAAUUGAAGCAGAUGAUAAUGAAUGCGUUGUGUGGCUGCCCUUCGCAAUGACGAAACUGAGUCAGUUUGCACUGGAUGUGAUUAACACAUCAAUCGAUAGUAACCUGUGUACCACCGUUGUCAAGGAGUUUCGACAGUUACUGCAUCAAGUUCCAGCCACAAUAGCAGUGACAUCAACGGUUGGUCGACAUACACAACUGAUCCUGGCACGUUUUAUGUCGUUUGAAAUGUACAACAAUUUUUUGCUGACAUCUUCGCCCAAACUUAAUUUGUACCAUCCUACGCUUACAGCGCUCCAAAUGUACUCUGCAUUUGUAGAGUUGUUCUUUGAGUUUCGUCCGACCAGCCCGUACCAAAUGGUGAGUCGUCCACACCGGAACAUUGGAUGGAUUGCUCCACUGUUGCCAGAACCAUUAACGCUCGACAGUUUUGGCUCAUCAUACCGAUCUGUCAUCUACACACUGCAGUAUUUACUGCGCAGCGAGUUCGAAGACGUUCAACGGGCAACGCUCAAACUUCUGUACAACAAAUCGACGGCGUACCAUUUCCAAACGGGUUUACUUGGCAGACUGGCAUUACGCUACUCUGGCGACCAAAGCAGCCCGGAUAUUGGUCAAGCAUGGCUGGCAUCACUUUCUGAGGAUUUAGUGACGAUCGAAUACGAUCUGACGAUUGCUUUUCACACCCAUGAAAACGAUUACUAUGCUGCUGCUGUCGUGGAUGCAGCGAAAACCCCGGAAAGACAGCUGUACCGUGUGCUGGACCGAGCGAAUGAAACGUUUUUCGGCUUCGAGCAAGCACGUCCGCUACUGCAACGGAUCGAAGGAUUUGAACGCAUAUUACAUCUGGCUGUGAAUGUAAUUAAUCUGUCAGUCGAGAAGCUUAAUGUGGCAAAACAACAGAUUGCCGGAGAGGAAGCCGAAGCGGAAGUCAGAGCGGCAGUCGAAGGGGAAGCUGCAGCCGAAGCCGGAGCGGAAGCUGGAGAGGAAGCUGGAGCGGAAGCGGGAGUGGGAGCCGGAGUGGGAGCGGGAGCGGAAGCGGAAGCUAAAGAGCAAGCGGGAGGGGAAGUUGGAGUAGAAGCUGGGACGGAAGCAGGGGCGGAAGCGGCGGCAGAAGAACCCGCUGUGGAUGGAACAAACUUUGACAUUAUGGAUCGCAGCCUGCAGAUGCUACUGGAAACGUCCGCGAAGUGGCCCGUGGAAAUCCCCGAAGGCGACUCUGUUGCAGCAGUCAAGGCGAAACGCGCACUGCAAGCAGCAUUGUGGAAAUCUUUACGUUCAGCAGCAUUGUUUAUCAAAAACUUCGCCAUUUGGCUCAUCGAUCACUACCAGGAACGGCAAGAAGCGCUAGAAACGAUGACUCUUUGCUUGGACGUAUUAAUCAACAGCAUGCUUAACUGUUGCCAUCGAGCCGCUAUCGAGAACAUCGGCAAUUCACUAGGACUUUUGGUGCGCCAUGUCACUCAGUUGAAAAGUAAAGAGAUGGCCACGGACGAAUUACCAUCCAACAUUGCCGAAGAUCUUAGUCAACACAAUCGCCAUUUUCACCCGAACGUCAUCGUGCAGCUUUUCGAGCGAAAGUUUUGGACAUGCCUUGAAUUGCACACCCGCAUGGAGCAAUACGAGCUUCGACGCCAUCGAGGCUACCUGUGGCUGGUGUGGAAUUUUAUACGCAACGAUGUCGAUGGUAAUGUCUAUGGUUCAUUCCUGCGAAUGUACUUUGAGGAACAUGUGAAGCUGCGCGAGCUAGCCACUGCGUAUUACGAAAGUUUGGAUAUCGAGCCUGUGUCUCAGCUCAGUGUGUUACAGCUGCACCAGCUGAAGCUGCUCGUUCAGGAUGCGUCACUGAACGGAACGAUACUCGAGUAUGCUAAUGAACUACUGAUUGUUGCGCUAGUAAGUAUUCGCUCUAACCACUGGGUUGUGCGAAAUGCAGCCAAUGGUCUAUUCACACAGCUCGUCACUAAACUGACCGGUCAUCGGCAACAGUGUUUUGAUCACCAAUGUGCCUGGCUCCCAAAGUACGUCUCGCUUGACGAGCUGUGCCUUAAAUUACACCAUAGCAUGUCAUUCAUGAUACGUGUACUUCAGGAGAACCAGGAAUGGUCAUUGCAUAUUAUACCUGUCUUGGUUCUGUUAUCAAAACUUGAAUUCCGAGCGUACGGGAUACCUAUGCAGCAGCAGACGGUUAACAACAUUCGUUUGGCUCUUUGGGAACUACUGUGUCACCGACAUAGCUUAGUGCGCCAAUUGGCUGCAGAAAGUUUCGCGAAUGUUCACGAUCAUACUGAGCUACCGGCGAUGUGGGAACAACUCGUCAUCACUCUAUUCACUACCAAAUCUGAUGAUAACUUUCGCCAUGGUCUCUGCCUGGCAUUAGGUAACACAGUCCGCAAGUACUUCACGUAUGCUCGCUACUUGCCACAGAACGAUGACAGUGACGUUAUGCAGCAAACCGCGGCAACCGGCAUUAAAACUACUACUCUGCUCCGAGUUCGGUCGCUUGUGCGAAAAUACUACCAACAUGAUGCCGUCCACAAUCCAAAAAGCACCUACCACUACCGUUGCGCAAUGCUCGAGUUUCUGCUUUUUCUCGGAUUCGGUUCAAAAGACGACGUUAUUCUGCAGUUGGUGCUAAACAAGAUUGCACCGAAUAUGCACGGAGUAGAGGUGUUUCUGCUGCACACUAGCAAGCUGUAUAACGGAAACCAAACUAAAUUUCAAAUGGAAAUGUCGCACAGCGAUGACAGUCACGAAUCAAUUGCGUCUCUGCCGGUCGAAAUUUUGCCCGAAUCGGAGGAAGAAGAAGUCUAGCUCACUAGCCACAACGGUGAUUAGCUCAUGUAGGAGUAGGGACAAACAGCUAAAUAGCAACUAAAAGGUUAUCUGGUUAGUUAGUAACCUCACUGGUUCUGACUUCGCAUCGUUGCUGAAGUUAUAGCUGGUAAAAAAGAGACAUCUAAUUAAUUUUACACCAGGCUGUGAGACGAAAGUCUUCAUAGAAGAUACCUUUUUAGGGAAGUGUGUGUUUAGGACUUGAUGACUAUCAAUGGUCUUCUUGAUUUUCUAAACGUAGUUUUAAUUUAUGCACACUACCUAUUGUUCCUCUCCAAGCUAUCCUCUUGUUUACUUCGUACGUACGAACAAGUACCAAAUGAUCAUUUUUCAUUAUAUUAACAUGUCUGGAUUAAUUUAUAAAAGAUAAAGAAAUAUGAAAAAGACGAAUUUAUGAACUUGCGGCCUUCGAGCGAACCUCGAAGCAAUCAAACACAGCUAAGACAUAUUUAAGAUAAGUGAGCAUUUGGUUCCAACUUCUCAUCGUUGCAUAAGUUAUAGUUAGCUAAAAGGAUGCAUCUGCUCCACUUUAAGCCAGGCUUAACUUCACUUCGAAACGACAGUGAACGUAGUUGAUAGAACAGUAAACAUUAGAUUAGUACAUAAUCCGAAAAGCAAUGUCUGGAGCAAUGUUGAAUUUGUGUCUUGCGUCCUUCGAGUGAACGCUGAAAUAAUCAAAAGCAGAGAAGAUACAUUUUAGGGUAAGUGUGUGUUUACGACUUAAUGACUCUCAAUGGUUUUCUUUAUGUUCUAAGCGUAAUUUUAAUUUAUAGGCACUACAGAUCGUUUCUCUCCAAUCUAUUCUCUAGUUUACUUCAGCGUACGAACAAGUACCAAACGACCAAUAAUUAAAAAUUAAGAAGAAAGGAACAUAAAAAAAUGAAUUGAUGAACUUGCGCCAUUCAGGCGAACCUCGCAGCAACACAGCUUAGCAAUAUUUAAUAUAAGUGUGCAUUACUGGUUUUAAGGCUAUUAAUUUUUUUGUGGCUCUUCCGUAAAUCAUCAUCACCGAUUCAUCGGCUUAUGUGCGAAAUACAUCGGUUCGAACCCUGAUAGUACA